UGAAACUAAACUCAGUCUCUGUCAGCGUGUGGCAGGAAAAUGGCGGAGGCAAGUAUCUCGGUGUGCCAGGACCAGUUCAGCUGUUCAAUCUGUUUGGAUCUACUGAAGGAUCCGGUGGCUAUUCCCUGUGGACACAGUUACUGUAUGGACUGUAUUAAGGGCUGCUGGGAUCAGGAUGAUCAUACUGGUGUCUACAGCUGUCCCCAGUGCAGACAGAUCUUCACCCCAAGGCCUGUUCUGGGUAGAAACACCAUGCUGGCUGAAGUGGUGGAGAAACUGAAGAAGACAGUUGCUCCUCCUGCUCACUGUUACGCUGGACCUGGAGACAUGGCGUGUGAUUUCUGCACUGAGAGAAAAUGCAAAGCCAUCAAGUGCUGCCUGGUGUGUCUGGCCUCUUACUGCGAAAAUCACAUUCAGCCUCACUACGAAUUUCCUGCCUUUAAGCAGCACAAAUUGAUCAAAGCCAGCAGACAACUAGAGGAGAUGAUUUGCUCUCAUCAUGACAAAGUGAUGGAGGUUUACUGUCGUACUGAUCAGCAGUGUAUCUGUUAUCUGUGUACAAUGGAUGAACACAGAGGCCACGAUACAGUCUCAGCUACAGCAGAAAGGACUGAGAAACAGAAGCAGCUGGGAGAGACACGGAGGUAAUUCCAGCAGAGAAUCCAGGAGAGAGAGAAGUAGCUGCAGGAUCUGAGACAGGCUGUGGAGUCGCUCACGGUGGGUACUGACCAGAGGAGAAGACAACAACUGGCUGCUGGAAGAGCCAUUUCAGGGCUCAGUCAGGGCUCUCCUCCAGUCAGCCAGUGCGGAGCCCAGUGUUGAGCCACUUUCCAGCCCUGUGAGGCUCAGGAUGUGAUCCCCAGUGGUGUUACCUGGAGGAAAUGGAUGUGAUCCUCUGUGUGUGAAAGCUGCUCCAGCUCAGUAUCUCUCCUCCUCAGCUCAGCAAUCUCCUGCUCCAGUUGCUUCAGGAGUCCUUCAGCCUGACCCACUGUAGCCUUUUCCUGAUCUCUGAUCAGCUCUUUCACCUCAGAGCGCCUUCUCUCAAUGGAGCGGAUCAGCUCAGUAAAGAUCCUCUCGCUGUCCUCCACUGCUGCCUGUGCAGAGCGGUCUGCCAGUCUGUAGUAUGUACACUGAUAUAAAUGGUGUAGUGUGUUACACAUGUACAACUACCUACUACUGACAUCAAAAUAAUUCCCUGACCCCCAGCAAUGUCCCAUAAAGUUAUAAUAAAGUUUAUAAAUCCUGAUUGCAGAACAGGACGUACCGGACAUAACUGGACGUAGUGAAGGCAAGGCUUCCCGCACGCAACACGUGUAUCUCAUGUCUCAAGGAAAUAAAGCAAAGCACUCGCCAGUAAUGUGCUAACAAAGUCAACAGUGAAGACGCCAAACAGGACGUGAGGUCAUAUCUCGGCAAUGCUUUUGUGUCUUCACACCUAACUUGGUAUAUGGACUUCCUACACAGUCCUGAGAGUGUCCAAGAAGUUUUGUGUCAUAUCACCCCUAGGUAGCGCUAUAACUAAAACAAUUGAAUUCCUGCUCAUAACUUUAGAUGUCUUUAGCUUAGAAUUAUGAUUCUUUCUUUUGAUUCCUUGAGUCAUAUCAAGAUGAAGAGAUGUAAAAUUUUCAUUUCCACCAUAUUUGGUUGUUUUCAUUAACAUUCAAAAUGGCGGACAGUCUUUUCACUACUCCUCCCACAAAUUUUCUCCAAUAUUCAUGAAAAUUGAGUGAGAGCAUAUUGAGAGCAUGCCACACAAACGUGAUCCAUGAUUUUUUUGCUUAUGGAAAGCACUCGGUAGUAAUGCGCUAACAAAGUCAACAGUGAAGACGCCAGACAGGUAGUGAGGUCAUAUCUAAGCAGUGCUUUUGUGUACUGACACCAAAUUGGGUGCCUCUGUUUGCAGCUAUGCCCUGAGGGUGCCCAAGCGUUUUAGUGGCGUUCGACCACUAGGUGGCGCUAUAAAACAUAUAUUGCAUAUAAUUUGUAUUAUACUUAUAUUUUAACAUAUCUUUUGAAUUGCAUGGUCUAAAAUCAUAAUUCUUUCUUCUUCUGAUUCCCUCAGUCAUGCCAAGUUUAGCACACUUAAUUGUUUCAAUGUCUGCCUUAUUGCAAAACAGGCCCUCAUUGUGCUUGGCCCCUGUAUCGCUGCUUGCACCUAUAUUUGGAGCUUCUAACUGAUUGGGACAAUAUUGAUUAAUAAAGGUAUUAGCCUUUAGUUCUUGCCGUACCACUCGAAGCCAGCCAAAGUCUUUAUGCCUCAAGUGUAACUGCAAUUUAUAUUUCAUUUAGACUUGAGCAUUUGAUCUUACAUGACAAUAUGGCAAGUUCAUACGACAUUGAUUCAGGUUGAUACAAAA